GGUUCUUCUAGAAUUCCCAAGGUGCAGGAGCUGUUGCAAGACUUGUUUGUUGGAAAGCAGCUUAACAAGAGUAUCAACCCAGAUGAAGCUGUGGCUUAUGGAGCCGCUGUUCAAGCUGCAAAUAUGGUAGGUAUGGGUAAUGAGAAAGUUCAACACAUUGUGCUCUUGGAUGUCACCCCACUGUCCCUUGGGGUGGAGACUCGUAUAGGUGAGAUGUCCAUUGUGAUUCCAAGGAAUACUGCAAUUCCUACCAAGAUGCAGGGGGACUACACCACCCUCUAUGACUACCAAAGCUCUGUUUUGUUCCCGGUUUACGAGGGUGAGAGAGCAAGAGUUGCGGAUAACAAUUGGUUGGGAGAAUUCGAGCUUUCUCCCAUUCCUAAAGCACCCAAGGGUGUUGCUAAGAUAAAAGUAUGGUUUGAGAUAGAUGCCAAUGGUAUCUUGAAUGUUUCUGCCGUGGAGAAGACUACUGGUGUAAGUUGCAAGAUCACAAUUACAAAUUACAAGGGUUCACUAUCCACAAAAGACAUUAAUAGGAUGGUCCAGGACGCAGAGAAAUACAAAGUUGAAGAUGAUCGGCACAAGAAGAAGGUUAUGGCUAAGGAAGCUUUGGAAAACUAUGCCUACAAAAUGAGGAACAUUGUCAAUGAUAAGGUGAUUGGUGAAAAGCUUGAUGCUACUGGUAAGGAGAAGAUUGAAGCUGCUAUUAAGCAAGUGAUUCAUUGGUUAGAUGGUAUCCAGCAUGCGGAGGCAGAUGAGUUUGAGGACAAGCUGAUUGGACUUGAGUUAAUCUGCAAUCCCAUCAUUGCAAAAAUUAAGAAAGAUGAUAAUUAGGACAAUAGAGUCAGGUAUAACACCUUAUCAGUGCAAAUGUAUCAAGACUAAUUUUGAGUAUUUUUGUUGCCCAUGUGUGUUUUGAUGUGGCUUUAAUUGUUGGGUAGCAGUUGGAAAACUUGAAGUAUGAUGUGUAAUUUAUGGGUUUGUCAUUGAUGGUGCGAAUGUUUAAUGUUU